UCUCAGAAACCUGCUCCUGCCAAAGCAGAGCCGAAACCAAAAAAGUUAGCGGCAAAGGACAAAUCUGAGGACAAGAAAGCUCCAUCAAAGGGGAAAAAGGGGCCUAAAGGAAAACAGACAGAAGAGACAAACCAAGAACAGACAAAGGACAACUUGCCUGCAGAAAAUGGGGAAGCUAAAAGUGAGGAGACCCCAGCAUCUGAUGCUGCAAUAGAGAAAGAAGCUAAGUCCGAGUAACAUCUGGUACCAGGUCUUUAAUUGGUGGUCGUUAUACCUUUCUUCUUGUACAAUUCAGAGGAAUAUUUUUAUCAACUAUUUUGUAAAUGCAAGUUUUUUGUAGUUCUAGAAGACACAUUUUUAAAAAGGAGAGAAUCCCAACUCAACCCAUUUUUUUACAUAUUUAGAUAAGUGUAAAUGCUUUUUUUUUUAAAAGUGGUAAAAUCAUGUGCUGGUUGUCUGUUUUCUAUGAAACCAGAAAUUAAUGGCAUGUUACAUUAAGGAGAGGGCUUUGAAGCCGUGAUUAGGCUUCAUGUUCCAUAGACUGUGAGGGACAGUUUUUCUAUCCUAUUAAAAGAAGCAUAACACAGAUCAGAAUUUGGAAUUCAUAAUGAUAUGUUGAGAAUGUCUUAACAUUUUAGUUAUUUAUCUUUAUCUAUGGUUGUACCAUCAGUAGAAUUGCUUAUCUAAUAAAACUGCUCCCUAGUGUUGGAUUUCUUGCUGAGUGAUGUGUAUAUGUGACAAAGUUAUUUUUGGUAGUUGCAGCUUUAUUUUUUCCAACAACUUUGUAGCUGUGAUGCAAAAGAUUGGAAAUCUUUAUUAUGUCUUUAAAUACUGACUAAGUAAAAGCUUCAGCUUGGCAGGCAUGACUUGUUACGUCAGUAUUUGAGAUACUGGAAUUUCACAUCCAGUUUUAAAGGGCGGCUUGU